AUGGAGUAUCGGGUGAGCGCUCCGGAGGUACUACGCGAUCCGCUAGUAGUCCCAGACAAACUGCUAAUGGGACCGGGACCUUCCAAUGCACAUCCACGCGUACUGGAAGCAAUGAGUCGUCCGAUAUUGGGACACCUGCAUCCAGAAACGUUGAAAAUUAUGGACGACAUUAAGGCGGGUAUGCGCUAUCUGUUUCAAACGAACAAUGCGGCCACCUUCUGUUUGAGUGCGUCGGGGCAUGGUGGUAUGGAGGCUACGCUUUGCAACCUGCUCGAGGAUGGUGACGUCGUGCUGAUCGGACACACCGGUCACUGGGGUGAUCGGGCGGCAGAUAUGGCAUCGAGAUACGGUGCCGACGUGCAUAUGGUGCGAGCCACUUCAGGCAGCUCUCUAACGCUGGCCGAAAUACGGAAAGGCAUCGAAAUGUACCGUCCGUCGGUGCUGUUCCUUACGCAGGGAGACUCGUCGACCGGUGUGCUGCAGGGAUUGGAGGGAGUUGGUGCACUUUGUAGGGCGAACGAUUGCUUACUAAUCGUGGACACGGUUGCAUCACUUGGCGGUACACCGUUCCAUAUGGACCAGUGGGAAGUUGAUGCAGUGUAUACCGGUUCGCAGAAGGUGCUCGGUGCACCACCGGGCAUUACACCCAUUUCCUUCAACCAUCGUGCUGUCGAACGGUAUACAAGACGUCAGACGAAGGUGAAGGUGUAUUAUUGGGAUAUGUUCCUGGUUGGGGACUACUGGGGCUGCUUUGGACGACCACGCAUCUACCACCACACGAUAUCUUCUACCCUUCUGUACGGUUUACGCGAAGCGAUAGCGCUUGCCUGUGAAGAAUCGAUCCCAUCCCUCAUUUCCCGCCACCAGGACUGUGCCCGCCGGCUGUACGAUGGACUACUAGCCAUGGGAUUCGAGCUGUACGCACAGGAACGCGACCGUUUGGCUACCGUCACCACCAUUCGAGUGCCGACCGGUGUUGACUGGCUAAAUGUUUCGCAGCACGCAAUGAAAACCUAUCUGGUGGAGAUAAGCGGAGGGCUUGGACCGACCGCUGGGCAAGUAUUUCGCAUCGGGUUGAUGGGACAGAACGCAACCAGCGAGCGAGUAGACCGUGUGUUGCAGGUAUUUCGAGACUCUAUUAAAGCAGUGAAGCCUGAUUUUGUGUUCCGCAGAGGUGCAUCAAAAAUGUAA